AAGGAAAGGAUCCGCCGCUGCAGACAGACUAGAACCAUGUUUUUAACUUUUUUUUUUUUUUUCAGUAUGAUUAUUACACAGUUUUAUUCGUGGUCUAAUCUGAGUCUGAACGCGCGGCUGAUCCAUUUGGAAAGAUCCAGCCGAUCCAGUUCGAUCGUCUGAUUUGAAUCAUGGUGGAUUCUUUCUUCAUAGUAUAUAUAUACCCGCUGUCCAGAUAAUUAAAGUCGAGUGGGAAUCAACGGCAGUGAAGGGAUAUUUAUAGCAUUCAGGUAUUGUCAUCGGACGGUACGGAGUAUGCUGAGGUACUAUAAAAAGAUCCCUGUUGGGACACGAGGCUAAGUGGGGCACUGAGACGCAACUAGUCUUCUUGAGGCCUGGAUAAAUGUAUCUCCUGAUAUGGCUCGAGCAAGCACACCCUAAAAAGAAGAGUCCAGCCACAAACCCCCCAGCCUUUUCUUUCAAGCCAAUCAAGUUUCCGGGAUCACAUGGAGAACAUUCCUGUAUUACGCCUAUCAAUCAUGCACGAAUCCUGCAUGAUGAUUAUUUCCACUCACUCACUCACACCAACAGAACCCUUCUCUGUCACUCGCAGUUUGACUGAAUGGCUGUGGUACCGCCGCCCCGUGAUGAUCACCGAAUUAUAAUCCACUUUGACUAUGACUGUUUCUAUGCUUCGGUUUUUGAGGUGGAGCAGCCGGUGUUGAAGACCCUUCCUUUAGCCGUUCAACAGAAACAGAUCGUGGUGACCUGUAACUACGAGGCUCGCAGAAGGGGAUUACGCAAGCUGCAACUGAUCAAGGAGGCCAGGCAGAUUUGUCCAGAGCUUGUCAUCGUCCUCGGUGAGGAUCUAACAAAAUUCCGUGAUGCGUCUAAGAGUCUCUACUUUUUCCUCCGUGCCUUCUGCUGGAGCGGGAAAGUGGAAAAAUUGGGAUUUGAUGAGUUGUUUCUGGAUGUCACAGACAUGAUUACAUACAAUGUGGAUCUCUUGAAUCGAAACGAUCUAGAACACUCGUUCUUUCAUCUCAACCGUCAGGAUCCCACACUGGGGUUCGCAUUUGAUGCCACUGGGUUCCAUGGUUCGACUUACCCUGCGGCUCCCAACGUAGCAUCGGAUUCUGCCUGGCCAUCGGUUCCGGCGGGAAAUGAUUCUCACUCGCUACAUAUUAAGCUACUUGUUGCUUCCCAUCUGGCAGCCUACCUACGUGGCCAACUGGAAGAACAAAAGGGCUACACUGCCACAGUAGGCAUUUCGACCUCGAAAAUCCUCGCCAAAUUAGUGGGUAAUACUUAUAAGCCCAACAAUCAGACAACCCUUCUACCGCCUUAUACUGCGGCGGAGCAAGGCGCCCAGAGCAGUGUGCUUAACUUCCUCGACGCCCAUGACAUAAGAAAAAUUCCUGGGAUUGGAUCUAAACUUUCUCAAAAACUAACGUCUUACCUCAGAAGUCCGGCCCAGUCAAAUCUAAAUCAGGCUGCUUCUGAUACGGCGAGGGAUGAUACAGUCACUGUCCGAGACGUUCGUUUGUUUCCUAGGAUGGGCCCGGUGCUUUUGGAUAAGAUCCUAGGCGGUCCAGGGUCCCCCAAAGGCAUUGGUACGAAGGUAUGGGACCUGAUACAUGGUGUAGACAAUUCAGAGGUCCUUCAAGCUCGGGACCUACCGACCCAGAUUAGCAUUGAAGACUCCUAUGGGUGUCUGAGCACCUUCGAAGAAGUUAGAAGAGAGCUGGUCUCCCUAACUGCUAGUUUAAUACGUCGAAUGCGAGCAGACCUGACUGAGGAGGAACCUGAUGUCGCUGUAGCAGAACCGCGAUCGAAAGGGUCACUUUCUCGAACAAUACCCAAUAUGCGAUGGAUUGCUCGUCCAAGGAGUCUACGUUUGUCAACAAGGCCUCGGCCACCUCCUACAUCCAACGGGGCACAAGCUCCCAGCUUCAACCGUAUUUCACGCUCGGCGCCGCUCCCCCAGUAUGUGUUUUGCCUUGAUGCGAGUAUUGACGCGCUGGCGGAACAACUGGUGCACGAACUUUUGACCUUGAUGUUCCGGAAACUCCAUCCCGAGAAGGCUGGCUGGAAUAUCCGUCUCUUGAACGUCGCCGUGACCAACAUGAUGGAUGUAGCUGGGGAGCGUAAGCAGAGUAGUGGACGAGACAUCGAGAAGAUGUUCCAGAGGCAGGACAAGUUACGCAGACCAGACUUCCCCGUUCCAGUGACGGAGCGGUCAUCACCAGAAACUGCUACGCAAUACGUUAGGGAUCCCAGCCUGUCAUCCAACGAUAUUUCCAGUAGUUCUCAGAUAAUCGUGGGCUUGGAUAGACAUGCGUAUAAAACCAGUGGUGAUGCCUGGGAGGAAAGUGAGGAGGACGAGGACAUGCCGUGUGUAGUGUGUACGAGUUGUGGAGCGCUGAUUCCACAUUUUGCACUUGUUGCGCAUGAAGUGUAUCAUUCUGCACCGGACUAAUACUAGUGAGACAUCGAUGAAAUCCGAUCUAGAUCCGGAGUGGAUGACGGAUGUAGUAUGCGAUGUUCACUUAUGGUCGCAAAAGCGAGCUGUACCAUGGUUGUAGAUCUCGGUCGUUUCCAUGACUUGUCUCAGGGGCCGACCAGUGAGGAUGGCUAGGGGUUUUUCUUUCCUUCCCCCUUCCCCCCACCCUCUUCAUUUUUGGCAAAAUCUUGAUGCCUAAUCAAUCGUGACAGUGAUGAUGACUCUGUCUCAGUCGGAAUAGGGCUGUUGUCUGGGCUGGUCCCUUAGAGUUUAGGCCCUGUUUCUCCAAAACACGUGACCUAGACAAAAUUGUUUACUGUCUCGGAACGUUUUGAUCCACUUGGUCCCUGGUUGAAGUUUCUCUGCGACAGCAUUCGAGGUACUCUUGGGGAAGCGCUAUCCAAUGACUCUGUCUUGAAAAUAUCUUCAUUUCCUCUGUCUUUCUGACAACAUUAAAAUCUCCUUUUAUAUACUACUGUCAGCACUAAAAGUUCCAGCCACGGGACCAUCCCUAACCCACUCUCAGCCCAGUCUGCUGAACCCCGAUUUUCUUUCAUUCCUCCCGCAUCGUGUUG